GGCUCCGGCAAAAGUUUUCUCCGACUUGACUUCGCUCCUCCCCGGACACCGCCAGCCAUUUAUAGCCGGGGAAGCUCCAGCAGCCCGCAGUGAAGCACUUCGCCUCAGCGCUUCUCAAGGGGAGGAAUCACAACAUUUUACUACUCAUCGUCACAAACUAUCCCCUCAACUUCCCACAACUUUUCCCCCCCUCAACCAAAAAGCAGUCGUGGCACAAACCAGCGCACGUCGCAGUGCAGCCUGCUCGUUCCUCCAUGAAAGAAGGAGUGCACCAGCAAGUUUGGGGAAACGACAUGUCUGCCACCGUCUUGUCCGCCUUCUACGACAUGGACAUGCUUUACAAGGAUAAAAGCACGAACAUGAACGCCCUCCACAUCAACAGCAUGCUGGACAAGAAGGCGGUGGGAGCCCCGGUCGCCGCCGCGGGGACCGGCGGCGCCUUCACGCCGGGAUUUUUCCGCAGAAACUCCACCAGCAACUUGGAGGCGCUGAACAACGGCAACAAAUUCAACGUCCUGAAAGAGAACACGCCGAGCGGGACCACCUCGCUCAUGAACAAGGAAAACAAGUUCCGCGACCGCGCUUACAGCGAGAACGGAGAGCGGGCCGCGCUGCAGCAGAAGGCCGGCUCUCAGAUCAACUCCACCCGCUACAAGACGGAGCUGUGUCGGCCCUUCGAGGAGAACGGCUCGUGCAAAUACGGCGAGAAAUGCCAGUUCGCCCACGGCUACCACGAGCUGAGGAGCUUGUCCCGCCACCCCAAGUACAAAACGGAGCCGUGCCGCACCUUCCACACCAUCGGCUUCUGCCCCUACGGUCCCCGGUGUCACUUCAUCCACAACGCCGACGAGCGCCGGCCCGCUCCCGCCCCCAACGCCAACGUGCAGGCGGGCGAAGCCAGGUCCGCAAGGGAGAUGUGCGGCUACAACCACAGAGAGAUCCUCCCCCCUCAGCAGCAGCUAUGCUACACCCAGAGGGAGCGACCGAAGCUCCACCACAGCCUCAGCUUCUCCGGCUUCUCCACCCACCACGACCUGGAGUCCCCGCUGCUCGACAGCCCCACGUCUCGGACCCCCCCUCCGCCCGCCUCCAGCUUCUACGACUCGGUUUCCUGCAUCAACAGCGCCUUCUCGUUCCCGGGACAAGACUUAAAAGCCUUACUGGCCCCGCUGGCGGUGCACGCCUCCGGCAGCUACUCGAACAACCACACCGCCGGUGCCCAGUACAGGGGCGUGCAGGGCGGCGUGUGCCCACCCUCCCCUCCGGCGUACAACAUGAGUCACUUGCAGGCUCUGCGCCGCCUCAGCGAGUCGCCGGUGUUCGAGCCUCCCCCCAGCCCGCCGGACUCCCUCUCAGACCGGGAGAGCUACGCCAGCGGGUCCCUCAGCUCUUCGGGGAGCCUCAGCGGCUCCGAGUCUCCCAGUCUGGACGCCGGGAGACGUUUGCCAAUCUUCAGCAGGCUGUCGAUUUCUGAUGACUAAAUUUUUUUUAAUUAUUAUUAUUAUUAUUAUUAUUAUCAUGGAUUAUGGGUGGGUCCAGGCUUCCACCGUGCUGAAGUGCCUUUGAGCAGCAGUGGUGGCCCCGCUCUGACCUCCCUGGUGGGGGGCACUGCGAGGAAAGUUCCACCCGCAGGGAUCAAUAAGUGUCCUUGUUUUCUUUUCUCUGAUGUAAUAUAGCUGUACUCGAACUUUAGAUAGCAAACAGAAGGCAUUCCAUCAGUGCCUUGCCCAAGGGUUCAUGCCAGCCCCCUUUUCUGUUUUUUUUUUUUUUUUUUUUUUGCAACUUUUCUUGGGAUUAGUGAACAAGACUUGACAAGAUGAACAGACUAUAAGCGGGUCGAUUUCCUCCCAUCCUGCCAAGAAAAUGCCUUGACUCAAAAGUAACAUUUCUUUUUUUUUUCCAACUUCCAUUCCGUACCUGUCUUCUCACAGCAGCGCCACUCAGUGGUUGGUUUGGUUAGUGCAGUUUGUUGCUUGAGUUGGGUUUGUUGGGGAAAUCACUGCUGAUGGUUAAAUAUCUAUUUUUUUAGCUGUUUUGAGUGAUUUGCAUAGCGGUGCACAACUGGCUAUGGACUAUUUAACUUAUUUAUUAUCUUGUGAAACAAGUAUAGGCUACAUCGGUAAUUUGUGUCCAUACUGUAUUUAUCAAGUAUGAUGAAGCAAUAGAUCUAUAUUCUUUUAUGUUUAAAUUAUGAUCGCCAUUAUUAAUCUGCAUAAAGUGGAGUGUAUGUUCCUUUCACAGUAAUAUAUAUUGUUUUCUCCUUUUUUUUUUGUAACUUCACUUGGUUAUUUUUAUUGUAAAUGAGUAAAAAAAAAUCUUAAUUUAAGAGAACGUAUGUAUUUAUUUCAUUAAUUUUCUUUGUUUACGGUUAUUAAAGUUUGCGUAAUUGCUGUUUUUGCUUCUGAGCUUGUGUCAAUGCUGUAGAAGGCUUUUUUUUUUCCUCUCCCUUUUCUUUUAGAAUGUAAACAGUGGUUGUAUAGACCGUCCAAACCGUUAGUUUUGAUCUAGAUCCGACUUAAGCGACAAAGAAUCCAAGUCAAUAAAUUAACCAAAAAAGUAUUUUUGUUUUAUUUUCUCUGUUUGCACGAGGUCACACUGUGAUUCCUGCCACGUGCUAAAGAAUGUAGCAAUCCCAUGUGCCCCAGUAUUAUUAUUAUUAUUAUUAUUAUUAUUAUGACGUAGUGCCUAUGGGGCUCAGCAGCAGCAUGUCAUGCCUUUAAAAUUAACCAAAUAAAGUAUUUUUCUUACAUGGCAUCUUUUUAUACGCAGGUUGAAAUGAAUGUAGUGUCAGAUUCUAUUUUUCUAAAGGUUGUUACCACUCAGAUCCUCUGACGACAACCGUAACCUUUCUUAGUCCCCAUUCCUCUUAUCUUGAUUUCAGCUUUUCUUGUCUUUUUUGAUAUGGAAAAUGUAGUUUUGAGUGUUGAGUUUGCUGCAGAGGGAAGUGGUUGUCUGGUUUGUACAUAGUAGGUACAGGGGGAUGCACACUAUGUACUUUUGACUACUUUAUCAGAAGUAAAGCUUUUUGAAUGUAACAAAAUGGACAAAAAGACAACAAAGAGUUGUCGUUUUUGGGGAGUCAGUUCACUACAAAUUGAGUGUGAGACUGUUAACUUUGUACUGUACAUUUUUUUUGUAGUUCUCCCAAUAAAACCUUUUUUGGAAAAAAAAAA